CCGCCAUUGUGUCCAGUCGGCCGUGGUGAGGUGACCGUCGCGGGCUCGUUAUGCGCAGCUUUGGAAGGAGACUGUUAUUGGAAGAAACUAAAUGUACAUUUCUCCGUUAUGAAGGUCCAACCCAGAGCACCCCACUCCCACUGUUCUGAAGACGGCGCCCCCACUGGGCAAACAAAGGCAACGCAGGCCACACGUUAAAAGCUCCACAUCCGACACUGGCCGUUCAGCACCAUCCCACACAUCUUCUCCUCGCGCUGAGACCGGGUUCCCCAUCAUCCGGACCCCGCAGGCGGAUCUCCUGCAGUUCCACUGAUCGAGACCCCGAACCAGCAGAGCUCCGCGCGCCCUCGGACACACACCCCCUUUGAGCCGCCACCAUGGACGAGAUGGACCUGCCCCAGAUGAAGAAGGAGGUAGAGAGCUUGAAGUACCAGCUAGCCUUCAAGAGGGAGAAAUCCUCCAAGACGGUUACUGACCUGGUAAAAUGGAUCGAGGACUGUGUCCCCGAGGACCCCUUCCUGAACCCCGAGCUUAUGAAGAACAACCCCUGGGUGGAAAAGGGAAAAUGUUCCAUUCUUUAACAGCCUUACCCCUGGCCCUAAAAUCUACCCCCAGUCCGUCUUCACCCACAGCACUGGCCUUGAUGGACAGUGUCAAGCCCGAUUGCUCCUCAUCUCACACAGCUGUUAGAGCUGAGGUGGAAGAACUACCACCUCACCAUCUCCAGUUACCACCCCACUGCAGUCACUGCAAGAAACACCAGGUUUGUCUUCAGCACUCUGUUGCUGCUGCCUGUGAAUGUCAACACGGCAAAGCUUCCAUCGGCACUGCCACUGCUGCCUGUGAUGUCAAGAUUCCCAGAGCUUCAGGGCUAAUGGAGAGAGUGUGAGCCAGAAGGUCCCUCUAGCUCUCUAGCCCAACAGCCUUCACAGGCAUACGGCUGCCUGAAGCACAGUCACGGAACACCAUCUCCUUCACACCACCACCAACUCCACCUGUCCUUUUAUUUAUUUAGGUUUUCAUUUCUUUAUUUAUUUAUUUCCCUGUGGACUAAUUGAUUCCAUGAUCUCACCCUCAAACCACCUUCUAGAUGGCAAAUAAGAGAAAGAGAUACAAUCUUGUGGGUUGAGCAUGGCACUCUGCUUAGUAAACAUUCUCCUUAAUGCACGUGGGUCCAGCAGGACUCACUUACCUGUGCCGGACAGGGGGUCUCUGCUGAGACAUGGGGUCACGGGCAAUGAAAUGAGAUAUGGUUCUAUUCACGACGAUUUUUUCUAAAUUACUUA